AUGCCUCUUUACAAUAUCACUCUGAAGGCCGACGCUCCUGUCGAGGAGCUGGAUAAGGCCAAGGCCACAGCCAAGGAGAAGGGCGGUGUGAUCCGACAUGAAUACAGCAUCAUCAAGGGUUUCACUGUCGAGUUCCCCGAUGAUACUGUCCAAACCUUCGAAUCUACCGAGCACGUCCAUGUCGAACAGGAUGGAGCUGUGACUACGCAGUAA